UAGGGGUAUUCAGAGCCUGUCCUGUUCCUUGCAUCCAGUUUAGAUGUCUGAUUUUGAAUAAAUCUGAAAUCAAGCACAAUGAUGAAUACCUUUAUUUUUUUCCUCGUUCUCAUACACGUUUCAGGAACAUUAUAUGCUCCAAGGCUGCUGAUAAGCCGUGCUGGAAGAUCAGUGACAAUCAAGUGCUACUAUGAAACCACAUCAGCCAAUAGACAUGGCAGAAAAUACUGGUGCAAGGAGUCAACCAACCGCCACUCUUGCCAGACUAUCAUUUCAACUAACGAUUUCAUUCACAAAGACUAUGAAGGAAGAGUGUCAAUGCAUGAUAGCCCUCAAAGCGGGAUUUUGCAAGUGACAAUGGCACAGCUGGUGAAGACAGACUCCAGUAAUUACAGAUGUGGCAUUGGCAACAAAAAUGCUUAUGGUUUUUAUGCUGGAGUGAAUCUAACCAUUUGGGAAGGUCCAAAUAUGCCAAAAUCACCUGAAAUACUUUGGGGUAAAGUGAGAGGGUCAGUGAUGAUCCAAUGCCCAGUGGAAACUGCCAAGUCAAGCAUGAGGAAAUCCUUUUGUAAGAUGAGGAGAUCUGGCUGUUCUCUCAUAGCAGAUACUAGCAUGAAUAAGGGAAAACAGCAAGAAGGAAGAAUUAUUUUUACUGCUGGAAAUAGCUCAGAAACUUUCAGAGUCUUCAUAAACAAACUGAGAAAAGAAGAUUCAGGAAUGUAUAAAUGUGGAACAGGAACGUCUGAUGACAAUGCAAGCUCAAGCAUCAUACAACUGGAGGUCACAGAAGAAUUGGUUUUCUUCAAUAUCGUAAAUGAUACGGCAACCACAUAUGAGCCACAAACAAUCUGGACAUCCCCCCAAAGUUAUGUGACAGCUACAAAUGAAGUUUACAAGCAAAGGUUGUCUGAAACUGAACUAAAUCUACUUCCAAUUGUCAUACCAAUUUUGCUUGGAUUUCUUGUUCUGGCUGCAGCUGUUAUCAUUGUAUUUCUUAAGAUAAGGAAGCGAAAGAAGGGUGUGAUUGUGCAGCUGUACAUUGGACCUGCUGAAUUUUCCAAACCUGCUAUGCAGUAG